AUAGUCGGUAACAGGACACCAGUCAGAGCCGGAGACCUGAGUCCUCAGAUCCGUGCGAGCUGGAGAAACACUCUCGAACACGGAGCAGAACAGUCGGCAGCAUUAAUAAGACUAAAAACUAAAAGCUUUAACGGAACGGUGGAGAAAGAAACUUCCCAGUAAACAUGGCGUUUUGCCUGAGGGUAGUUUUACUUCUUUUUCUCGUUGCUGGGACUUUAGCACAAGACGGAUUUGACCUUGGGGAUGCCCUUGAUGGUCUAGAUCCACCAACUGUAAAACCUAAGGAGCAACCAAAGGCCCCGGAGAAGCCUAAAUCUGAUGGUGGCUUCGGAUUGGAUCUGGCUGAUGCAUUUGGACCAGACGAGACAACAACUGUGAAGCCCAAGAAACCAAGUUCUGGUGAUACUGGUGGAGAUGGAUUUGAUCUGGGUGAUGCAUUGGGUCCAGACACCGACCCCAAACCUGACAAACCUGCUGUCAAGCCACCAACGAAUACAGGGGGUGGUGGAUCAUUCAGUGACUCUGACUUGUCGGAUAUCGGUGGUGGAGGGGAGUACAAGCCCGAUGGAGGCAGCUCAGAUGGAGGCCGUCCACAGAACCCGGGCUAUGAUUCUAACGGCGGUGCUGAACAACCUCAAGAAGCUGGAUCUGGAACGAUUGCAGGAAUUGUCAGUACCAUAGGAGUCGCUCUGGCCGGGGUAGCAGGCAGUUACUUUGCUUACCAGAAGAAAAAGCUCUGCUUCAAGCUGCAGGGAGGUGUGGAUCCUGAAAGUGGUAAAGCCGGGCCUGGCACUCAUUCUGAACCUCAAGUACUCAGCAACCUGCUCAGCACAAACUAGACGGCCUCUUUCCAAGCACCAGACAAAGGGGGUCUUUACAACAACACAGAAGUGUAUUCAACUCUCAGCCUCUUGAUCCACAACGUGAGACCUUCUCUGCAUCAUUCUGCAGCCGGAUUAGUUAAAACUAUAAAAAAACUGAAGCCUAACUGACAAAUGUCAAACUCAAAAUAGUUAUGUACCAUUUAUUGCUCCAUUAACUUUGAACAAAACCUCCUGCUUGUUUUAUAGAGCGAAGUGAGGAUUUCAGCAUGUAUAUUUGCACGGAGCUCUGUGUCCAUGUGUACCAGCUUUCUUUCUUUUCAUCAUUUUAACACUGUAAGCUUUUAACAAAGUUGCUACAUGGGCGGGGCACCUUGUUCCCUAUGGUCUUCUGGGAUACAUUGUAGUAUUAGACUCAAUUGGCGUCAAAGAAGGAUUGAACAAACCUUUAAUUGUAUUUGUUUGGCUCAGAAUGUAUAUACUUUUACUCUUUCAUCUAGCUAUUUGUUUUAGCUUAAGCUCCUAUCAAAGAAACUCAACUCUUUCUGCAUAACUUUCAAACUAAAAGCCUACCAAUAACAAGAUCUGUUGAGGUAACUUUAAUGUGAAAUGCAAUCCUCAGGAAGGGUCUAUUUUAAUUGACAGCAAUUUAAAUCAGGAUUCAUCAACUGUGGACAGGGUAACAAGAUAAUUAAUCAGCUGAUUAUUAUUAGCAAUAUAUUCUAUUUUUUAGAUAUUCAUUGUCUUGACUGAUCUACAUGAAUGAUUCAAGUGGCACUUCAUUGCGGUGAAAAUAUAAACUACAUUUGAUUAAAACAUUUCAGAUAGUUUCCCCAGCUUAGCGUUAAGUGAAAACAAAUGUCGCGAAAUUCAGCAUACACAUCCCAAGUAAGCUAUAUCGAAGAUGUAAACAACAUUAGUCAGAGUAUGUGUUAUCAUGCAUGACAUCCUUUUUAUAAUUUACCAUUUUUGGUAACUUCGUAUGAGCACCACGGCUUCCCCAUCAUCCCAUUUAGUUUUAUUCUUUCACAGCUGCACUGACCACAUUUUUGCUGUUGUUACAAACGCACAGAAAUUGUAUCAAUUUUGGGUAUUUUCUUUGCUUUAACAAGCCAAUACUCUUAUUAAAGUGAGACAACGAACAUUGUUAUAUUUGUAUUAUUAUUAUAAUUUAAGACUCAGAUGUUUUGGAUUUAUUUUUGCACGCAAAGCAGCCUUACAAGCAUCCCUCUUGAGUCUGUUUAAUUUUAAAGACAGCUAUUAUCAUCUGCAUUUAUGUCUUCAUUACAUUUUGAUGCAGUUUGUUAUUCAUGUGAAUCCACGAAGAAAAAACAUCAAUUACGCACAUCCUGCAAUUAUGGUAAAACCAUAACCAAAUAGACAAACUAGCUUCAAAUAGGUCUUGCCUAUUGUACAUACGGUUCGUAUGUGUCUUAAGUUGCAAUAUGCUCUCUAGCAAUGUAAUCAGUUUCUUUAAUCACAAAUAAUGACAGACACACGUAUGUACACUAAUAAACGUUAUUGCAUCAGGGAAUGGCAGUUGAGUGAGAAUUGUUGUGAUGCCAAACAAUACAAUGAAUUGCAUCCUUGUUGAGCUGUAAAUACUUGAGAAUAAUGUGUAUAGAUAUCCGCUUACUUUUGCUUUAGGCUGCGUGCUGCAGUGUGCUUUGAGCAUUUCAAUAUCAAUAUGAGCAUGAGCUCACUUUGAAGUGUAUUUUGAGUAUUUCUUUUGUUGUCAACUUUUACAAGCAGAAACUUGAUUCAGUUUUAUCUCAUCUGAUGAGAUAAAUGUUACUUUUGGAGUGGAUUUAACGUGUGUGUACAUGAUUUCAAUAAAGUGCUGUUGUGUACAGUU